AUGGUGGAUAACAUUGAGAAGAUAUUGGAGAGAGGUGAUCGGAUUGAGCUUCUUGUUGACAAAACUGCAACAAUGCAAGAUAGUACAUUUCACUUUAAGAAACAGUCUAAGCGCCUUCGCCGAGCCCUUUGGAUGAAAAAUGCAAAGCUCUUGGCCAUGUUGACGUGCUUGAUUGUUCUGUUGCUGUACAUAAUAAUAGCAACUGCUUGUGGAGGCAUCACAUUACCUUCCUGCCGAUCAUGA